AUGACUGCAUUGGAAGAUGGCAGUGUGAAUCGGGAGAAGACGUGCCCAUUGUUAUUAAGAAUGUUUUGUAGUACAAAGAAACACAAUAAUGUUCUGGAGUAUUCAAGAGGUCGUACGCCACUCAAUGAGCUCCAAGUAUAUACGUGGCUUGAUGCAACAUUAAGGGAGCUGGCAUCACUAGUAAAACAAGUCAAUCCAGAAUCACGUAGAAAAGGCACACUGUUCGAUUUUGCACUGGUGUUUCCCGAUCAUCGUUCACCAAUGUACAGAAUGCGUGAAUUGGGUACAGUAUGCUCUGGUUGUCCAUCAGACACUGAUCGUAUUAUGUUAAAGGAUGUUCAAUUUACAAUUGGUGAUAUGAUCGAUGUUGCGAUUACAAUUCCUCACCCCUCAGCGAUUGAUGUCAAUAAUACUACUACUAGUACUAUUAAUAAUAAUGCCUAUAUGAUGAUGAAAGAUACACGCUUAUCAUCAUUGGAGACGGCUAAUCGUCGUGCUAUUAAACCAUCCUUACAACAACAACAGCCAGUUAUGGUUAAAAAUCGUCGUUCAGAUGAAAAAUAUUAUGAUCAUCAUUCUGGUCAAUUGGAUCCAACUACUAAAUACCGUCAUCGACAAAUGGAUAUUGAUAAUGGUGAUGUCAUAUUGAAAAGUCGAGAUCAUCUCAGCGGAGGUAGUGGUAAAGAGUCACGAGAUUAUGAUAAAAGGUCGUAUGAUAAACUGUCAACCGCUGAAGAACGUAGUACUAGCAGUAGUAGCUUUAAAGUUAAUGGUCGAAGAGUUGUACCAUAUUAA